AUGACUUUUGCCCUGAGAUGGCUGCGACCGGCUGCACGCGUGCCAUACCGGUGCGAUGCUGCGAGACGCGUCGGGCGGGUGCAGCCCAGAGUCGGCGGCACGAGGGCGUAUGCGGCCGCUGCUGUGCCCGCCGCUGAACUCCGUUUUGGCCAACCGCUCCAUGAGACGCAUCCACACCUACUCAAGGCUGGGGAAGUCACCCCCGGUAUCACGGCCCUCGAGUACCACCAACGCCGCGCCGCCCUCGCCAAAGAACUGCCCCCAAACUCGACCGCCAUCCUCGCCGCAAACGACCUGAAAUAUGCGUCCGGCGCCGUCUUCUACAAGUUCCACCAGGACCCAGACUUCCUGUACCUGACAGGGUUCAGAGAACAGGAUGCGCUGGCGGUAAUAGAGAAACACGGGGAUGGAGAACACACAUUCCACCUGUACGUCCGGCCCAAGGACCCCAAGGUGGAAGCCUGGGAGGGCCCACGAUCAGGCGUUGAGGCCGCCGAAGACGUCUUCAACGCCGACGUGAGCGGCAGUAUUGACGACCUACCCCGUCUGCUUCCCGACAUAGUCAACCGCGCGCAAGCCAUAUACACCGACCUCCCCCAAUCCCGCGUGUCCAAGAACCUACUAUCACGGUACCUCGCCGGCGCAGAGCCCUCACGCACAGGCGGUAUCUUCAAUGUCUUCCGCGACGCACCCGCAAGCGUGCGACCCCUCCGCCCUCUCGUCAACGAACUCCGCCUCAUCAAGUCCGAAGCCGAGAUCACAAACAUGCGCCGUGCAGGCCAGCACUCAGGCCGUGCCAUCACAGACGCAAUGCGACAGUCCUUCACUACGGAGAAAGACCUGGAUUCCUUCCUCGACUACUGGUUCAAGCAAGACAACUGCGACGGCCCGGCAUACGUCCCUGUCGUAGCCGGCGGCAUCAACGCAAACACCAUCCACUACGUCUCCAACGACAUGCUGCUCAACCCCAAAGAACUCGUCCUGGUUGACGCAGGCGCCCAGUACGGCGGCUACGUCACGGACAUAACGCGCACAUGGCCUGUAUCCGGCAAAUUCAGCCCCGCCCAACGCGAUCUCUACACCCUCCUGCUCGCAGUACAAAGAUCUUGCAUCUCGCUCUGCCGCACAGAUUCAAACUUCACUCUCGACAAACUACACCAUACAGCUUCCAGUUCUCUAGCUGCCGGUCUGAAGGACCUCGGCUUCGACAUGGAUGCCGAUGCUAUCCAAACGCUCUUUCCACAUCACGUGGGCCACUACGUUGGUCUCGAUGUGCACGACUCCCCUGGUCUGAGCCGUAGUAGGAAAUUUGAGAAGGGCAUGUGUGUUACCGUGGAACCCGGUAUCUAUGUCCCCAAUGAAGAGCGGUGGCCCAAAUGGGCGCGCGGCAUAGGCAUGAGGAUUGAAGAUAGCGUUUGUGUGGAUGACGAGAGUCCGUAUGUCCUCACUACCGAGGCGGUCAAGGAAGUCGUCGAUAUAGAGGCGUUGAGGGGGACGGAGACGAAGUUGUAA